AAUCCAGGAACCGGCGCCAACAACAUAGCAUGAGCGAAGUGGAGGUCAGGGGCCCCGACGAGGCCGUAGACCCGGAGCCCACUGAGGAGAAGCAGAAGACGGCAUUGGCGAGGAAUCAAGUGGAGAAGAAAGUGCUGGCCACCCAGGUACAGGGGACGGUGAAGUGGUUUAACGUCCGCAAUGGAUACGGCUUCAUCAACCGGAACGACACUAAAGACGACGUGUUUGUGCACCAGACUGCCAUAAAACGCAACAAUCCACGCAAGUUUCUGCGCAGCGUAGGAGAUGGCGAGACCGUAGAAUUUGACGUUGUGGAAGGAGAAAAGGGUGCGGAGGCUGCCAAUGUCACAGGUCCUGGUGGGGUUCCGGUUAAAGGAAGCAGAUUUGCCCCCAACAGACGGCGCUUUCGUCGGCGUUUCUACCGACCAAGGGGUGAUAACACUGGAGAGUCUUCUGGAGAAGGUGUGAGUUCAGAGCAAGUGAGUGAAGGGGAGCGAGCAGAUGAGGGGUCCCCCCAGCAGAGACCACCACAGCGCCGGCGUCCUCCGCCAUUCUUCUACAGGCGACGGUUUGGAAGGGGUCCAAGGCAGCAGUCUCCGCGGGAGCCAGGUGCAGAGAACACAGAGGCCAAAGAUCUGACCACAUCGGACACCCCACAGGAUGGAGAAGAGCAGCAGAGACCCCCUCCUCGCAGGUUCCGGCCCAGGUUCCGCAGACCUUUCCGCCCACGACCUCCACCUCAGCCAACAGAGGGAGGUGAUGGAGAAAGCCGGGCAGCCUCUGACGGAGCCCCACAACCCGAACCUCAGAGACAGCGUAGUCGCCCAUACUUCCAACGCCGCCGCCGGCCAGGAGCGCCCCCUGGAACAGCUGCCGCCCAGGGUGAUGGAAAACCCCCAGCUGAGGCCUCGCCAGGAUCCACCGCAGAGGACACGUCCAGCAAAUCAUCGGACACUCCGGCAGAGACUGCAGAAUCGCAGAGUCCGGGGUCAGCUCCGAGCCCUCCUCUGGACGCCGCAGCGGUGGAGUGAUGCGCAUGUUACCAGGUUCCAGGAAUUAUCCUUCCAUCUCACAGCUGCACAGACAUUGGGGACAUGGCGGGAGGCUGACGGCAGCCAUUAUCACAGUGACACGGUGGGAGGCUGUCGGCAGCUUUAAUCACAAUGACACAGCAGGAGGCUGACGGCAGCCAUCAUCUCGGUGACAUGGCGGGUGGCUGACGGCAGCCACUAUCACAGUGUUCAGGACUUAUUUGCACUUGUUUGGGUUUUUUGUUGCACUGACUUGUGUAGUAAAGAUGGAAGCGCAAAA